GACCACAGCUGCAGAUAAAGUUAUUGUAAUGUCAAUGAAAAUAUCUGAUCAGCCAUUUGACUUCAGUCUUACCAACCGUACUGGCAAGAUCUACAAAGAUUUAUCUGGACAAAUUGAGUCAGCAAUUGACACAAGUUAUUCUAAUAAAUUAACUGGCUACAGUGUUGGUUCUGCUAAAGUAACUGGUUUCAGGCCUGGUAGUGUUAUAGCAGACUACACAAUAAAUGCAACAUCCAACACACUUGAAUUUGAAGCAGCAAACACACAGGUUUUGGAAUCUCUAAGAAGCCAAGGAUUAUCUUUAGCUAAUGAUGCUUUUACUCUGAGUGAUCAAAGGGCCCUGACAACAGAUCAGUUAUAUCCUCUGCAAAAGGUGGAUCUGAAAUGUGAACAGCCAGGCUUUUUAAAUGGACAAAUAAAAUGGAUAGUGAAAAAUGAUACUGCACUAGACAACACAAGAUACUUAGUUUCAAAUGACAACAGAACUCUCACUGUAAUAAAUGCUACUGAAAAUGACAGCGGUCGAUACUCAUGCAUCAUACAAGGCAAUGUACCGUAUGUUCAAUGGCAAAACAUUGCUAUUAAAAAACGGCCCAUUAUUAAUGUGGGUGAAAAGGACCACUAUUUUCUCUGUGAUGGCAGCAUUUUCCAACUGAAAUGUUCUGUUGAUGUUGGCUACAAUAUUGAAUGGGUCCAGGGUGAAAAAGUAUUAGUGUCAGGAAAUGACAGUAUCACAUACAACCAUAGAAUGCAAAAUGGAAAUUGUUCACAGGAAAUCUUUACAUGUCGUCUCAGGGAUCUGCCACAACUACUGAUCUAUGGAUAUAGCCAGAGCAGCGUUACAGUUAGGAUAAUCACAGCACCUGCUUCGUCAGAUGAUUUGUGUCAAAAUGGUGAACUUGGAGCUGGCACAACAAAUGAUGUGAGGACAGGAGUCUGUGGAAUUGGCCUGAAAGGCACCAUAACUUACAAAUGUGAAUCAGGUUUAUGGAAACAAAUAGAGGACAACUGUGUAGUAGAAGUUAUCAACAAACUUACAAGUAAAGUCGAGUCCUUGCUUGUGGAGGAGAUUCCAGUGUUUCUGGCUAACCUCAGUGUUGCCACACAACAGCAAAAUAUUAAUAUAACCCAGUCUGCUGCUACUGUCCAAGCAAUUGUGGAUAUACUCUCUAAAAUCGCUGAUUUGUCACAAUCAGUUGUUAUCAAUAAACCAGUAAUGGAGGAUUUCCUAAAAACAGUGGAUAUAAUUGUAUCAGAUAAUGCCAAUGAUACAUGGAGCAAACUGAUCAAAAACAACACCAGCAUUAAACUUCUGCACGCUAUUGAGGAUAUAAGUGACCGUCUCACAGAUGAUUUUAAUAUUUCUGAAAUAUCCAUUCAGCUAACAAGAAAAACAGUUAAUAAUUCCUUCACUUUAAAAUCAAGCCUGCCGAACUCAACUACGGAGAUUGUGAUACCACAGGUUCCUCAGAUGACUAGCAUAACCAUCAUAAUCUUCACGACUCUUGACAAUGUCUUACCUACACAUGGUGGUAAUGACAGCAGGGAUGUGAAAAUCAAUGGAGAUGUGGUUGUUGUUAAGGUUAAUAAGAUGAUUAACAACAUUUCUUUUACAUUUGACAUUACUGAUCAGUCUUUGGGAAAUCCUCAGUGUGUCUUUUGGAAUUUCACUCUCAACAAUUGGGAUUCCAAUGGAUGUGAAGUAAAGUGGAACAACAAUGGCAACAUUGCAUGUGAAUGCGACCACACAACCUCUUUUUCAAUCCUAAUGUCACCGUUUUCCAUUGAUAACCCAGCCUUAGCCUAUAUAACUUACAUUGGUGUAGCUAUUUCGCUGGCCAGCUUGAUUAUAUGCCUGAUUAUUGAGACUAUUGUGUGGAAGUCAGUGACAAGAAACGACACAUCCUACAUGCGACAUGUCUCCAUAGUCAACAUUGCCGUGUCUCUGCUGAUAGCAAACGUCUGUUUUAUCAUUGGAGCCGCAGUCGCAGAAAGUGAGCAGCCAACUUCAGUUGGUCGAUGCAGUCCAGUGGUUUUCUUCAUGCACUUCUUUUACCUGGCUCUUUUCUUCUGGAUGUUAAUGUCAGCGCUGUUGCUCUUUUACCGUACCGUCAUGGUCUUGUCUCAAAUGUCAAGGGCUAAAAUGAUGGCCAUUGCCUUCAUAGUUGGUUAUGGUGCACCUUUGCUCAUAGCGGCCAUUACGGUUGCAUCAACAGCUGGACCUCAAAAUUAUGUUUCCAAAAGUAAUGCAUGCUGGCUGAACUGGUAUGAAUCAAAUGCCCUGCUGGCAUUUGUGGUUCCAGCUCUCACUAUUGUAGCCAUAAACCUUUUGGUUUUGAUUGUGGUUCUGUGCAAGAUGUUGAGGAGAGGAGUUGGUGCCACAACUCAACCAGAUGAGAAACAUGCCCUGGUGGUCAUUGCCAGAUGUGUGGCCAUUUUGACUCCUAUCUUUGGUCUUACAUGGGGAUUUGGAAUUGGAACCAUGGUGUCACAGAAAUUAGGCAUUCAUGUGGUGUUUGCACUCCUCAAUUCUCUGCAGGGAUUCUUUAUUUUGGUGUUUGGAACACUUUUAGACAGCAAGGUUCGUGAGUCACUACCAGGAAAGAUGUUGCUACAGAAACUCACUUCUAAUCGUACCAAUAACACCAGUGCAGGGACAUCAUCCACAUCUGGAUUGCCUUUCCUGCGGUGGCGGAGGAAGGUGUACAAUGUGUCAGAAGCCAACCCUUCCUCGGCACUUCCAUCUUCAGACAGCUCCAGUGGCUCAUAUGCUGUUUUGAACGACUAAAAGACACCCACAAAGUGUUUUCCCCAAUGCAGUUUAUUUGUUAUUUUUUUGAGGAAAUGUUUCUUCUCUCUCAGACAUUAAGGUACAAAACUGUCACUGGGGCAGUACCCUUUCAAAAUGUACUAAAAUGUAUUUUUAAAGUAGUAAUGUAUCACGUGGGUAAAUAAGAAUGGCCAAAAUAUGUCUCUCUUAGCUUUUGUACCUUAGGCUACCACAGCUUUGUACAUUUUGUUUUUUGAGAGUGUUUACUGAUAGGAUUAGGCUAAAAAUAAGGCUACUUGUUUUAUUGUGUAGCCUUUAUAUGUUGUGAAUGCAGGGUGUGGACUUUGUAUUUGUAUGCCUACUUUUCCAGUAAUACAACUCAUGAAGUGUU